ACCUAGAAAAUAAACAGAAAAGGUGGAUAAAGAAAGGAGGAACAGAUGGCCAAGAGCUACCAUGCAUGCUGACGUUAUUCGUUUGUAGCUUCUAGUUUUGUGAGAAAGAAGCAACCAACAUUGCUGAGAGCAUUGCCUUCGUUUGAAAUAAGGGUCAUGGCUUCUCUGCUUCCCACAACUGCAACAACACUUCAACAUAAUCGCACCAUCUGCUUCUCUCCUCUCAAACUCAGCAUCCCAAUUACCAUUUCCUUCUCAACAAACCGUUGCAAGAGUACUUCUGUAAAGUGCAAUGCAGUUUUUGGUGAUAUUCCCAAAGACUUGUUGGAGACCACUUUUCACUUGGACCAGUUUUCUGUCUUCCAAUCAGUGUUAGUGAAGUUUCAGAAUGUAACUGAAGAUUUAUCAGACGUGCAGAGGUGGGGGUUUGUGGUACUUGCAGGGCUGACAUGGGCCUAUUUAACUGCGAGGCCGGGUGUCCUUGUGGGCGCCAUUGAUGCAUUCCUUUUGGCCCCUAUUCAACUGCUUUUGGACAGUUUAUCUGGAAGAAGAAAUCUUAAAAGGACUGAUUUUCUUAUUGGGGAUAAACUAGGAGAAGGGUCUUUUGGUGUUGUUUAUUCAGGUGUUUUGGUCCCAAAGAAUGUAGAUGCACAAGAGUUGAUGCAAAAAAAUGGAAGAGACAAGGUGAAAAAGUUGGAUGCCAAAUCUAAGGAUAAAGUCAUUCUUAAAAAGGUAAAGGUUGGAAUUGAAGGGGCGGAGGAAUUUGGUGAUUUUGAGGAGUGGUUCAAUUACAGACUCUCCCGAGCAGCUCCCGAAACAUGUGCCAAGUUUCUUGGAAGUUUUGUAGCUGACAAAACCAAUUCACAGUUCACAAAAGGUGGAAAAUGGCUAGUUUGGAAGUUUGAGGGAGGGCGAUCUCUUGCUGAUUACAUGGCUGAUCAAAGCUUCCCAUCAAACUUAGAGUCUACCAUGUUUGGACGUGUCUUGCAGGGUGUAGACUCUUCUAAACGAAAUGCACUAAUCAUCAAGCAAAUAAUGCGCCAGAUCAUUACUUCUCUUAAGAAAAUUCACGACACUGGAAUUGUUCAUAGGGAUGUUAAGCCUGCCAACUUGGUAGUUACCAAACGGGGGCAGAUUAAACUCAUCGAUUUUGGUUCUGCAACAGACCUUAGAAUUGGAAAGAAUUAUGUUCCCAAUCUUACCCCUUUGGAUCGUGACUACUGUCCCCCUGAACUGUAUGUUCUACCAGAAGAAACCCUGAGUCUUCCACCAGAGCCAAUUGCAGCUUUCCUUUCACCAAUCAUGUGGCAGUUAAAGAGUCCUGAUCUGUUUGAUAUGUAUUCUGCUGGGAUUGUACUCCUGCAAAUAGCAAUUCCAACCUUAAGAUCUUCAGCUGCUUUGAAGAAUUUCAAUUUGGAGAUAAGAACAUGUGGAUAUGAUUUGAACAAAUGGAGAGCCUCUACUCGCAUGAGGUCUGACUUCCAAAUUCUUGAUAGUGACUCUGGAAGAGGUUGGGACUUGGCAACAAAGCUUAUCUCCAAGAGAUGUUCCCAAUUAAGAGGACGUUUAUCUGCUGCUGCUGCUUUGAGGCAUCCUUAUUUCCUUCUGGGUGGGGAUCAGGCCGCUGCAGUCCUUUCAAAACUAAGCUUUUAAAGCACAAAGUGAGCUACUUAGAAAUGCUAUGGACAGUAUACCUAUUUGUUUUUGCUCUUUUGAUGAGUGCAUGCCAUAUCACUGUUAAUUGAAGUUCUCUUUGGCAAUGUUAUUGCAAAACGUCUGUUUCCUUCUGGAGGAGCUCGUAUGAUAUGGAUAUAAUGGCAUCCCAUCUAAAUGCCGACUAAUUUAUAUAUUUACAAGCAGAAAUCCGCAGAAUUUUUCCCUAUUUUCUAUGUUUAAGCCUGAGAACCUUCAGAAGAUCUGAAAGGAAAAAGCUAUGAUAGCUGCCUAGCAUGUUGGCGGUCUAAAUUCAUACAUACCUUGUUUGUUAUCUGUUUGCCUAUAUGAUAUAAGCAUAUCUCCUCUCAAAAUCAAUGGCUGAUUCAAAAUGAGGAAGGAGUACUCAAUGGUUUACAUUUCUCAUGAUUUUUUCUUCAAGGGGUAAAUAUUCAGAGUUUGGCAGGAUAUGACCAGUAAUGCCAAUGGGUACACAAAAUAUAGAACUAAAGGAAGAGAGAGACAAUCUGUUUUUUUUUUUUUUCCUGAUAAGUAAUGAUUUUUUACUUAUCCAAGAUAUUUACUUUCAAGAUUGGAUGGUUUAUUCAAUUUCAUUUGACAAUUCCAAUCAACCAUUGCUAUUGUACGAAGCUGUUGUUCAUUGUAUUCCAAUCUACAAUUUGCUAUGUUUUGCACAAGACAACCGUUUAGCACCUAUAGUAUAAUGCUAACUUAUUUAUUUUAUAAAUUGCUAUAUAAUGGUACAUAUGUAUA